AUGGUGAGAGAGGACCAACUGAAGAGGUUCAUAACUCACAAUCAGUUGCAAAUGAACGAUUCCACAGAAAUGGUUAUUGAUCAGUUGAAGCAAAAUCUGAAAGAAGAUUUCGGUAUCGAAGUCAUUGUUGCUGUAAGUAAUCGUGUUAAUUGGUUGGUCGGGAAGAACACAAUGAACUUUGACGAAUUGUUUGCAGUUGUUUGCAACGAUGUCAUGAAUGAUGAGGAACAGAAGAAGGUAUCAUGCGUAAUACGUUCUCGGCAUCAAUUGCGUUUGUGUAGUUCCGCCGCUGAAAUUUAA